AAUUUGUAAUUAAUCAAUUUUGUUUCGUGGAUUUUAAUAUCAGCAGAUAAACCCUAACCCUAACUUUUCUUCCCGGUUUCUUCUCAUCAUCUGCGAAAAAAAAUGUCUCACUUUGGAAGAUCAGGCCCUCCCAAUAUCACCGACACAUACUCUCUUCUCGUUCUCAAUAUCACCUUCCGAACGACGGCUGAUGAUUUGUUUCCAUUGUUCGACAAGUACGGGAAGGUCGUUGACAUCUUCAUCCCCAAAGAUCGAAGGACCGGCGAUUCUCGAGGUUUUGCGUUUGUGCGCUAUAAGUAUGCAGACGAGGCACAAAAAGCUGUGGAUAGGCUCGAUGGGAGAGUGGUUGAUGGUCGGGAGAUAACAGUUCAGUUUGCAAAAUAUGGGCCUAAUGCAGAGAGGAUUAGCAAAGGAAGGAUUAUUGAAUCAGUUCCAAGGUCGAAGUACAGGUCAAGAAGUCGCAGCCCUCGAAGAAGGCACCGGGAUGAUUAUUACAGAUACAGGGAUUAUAGGAGAAGUCGUCGUAGGAGUUAUGACCGGUAUGAACGUGAUCGAUAUCGUGAGAAAGACUAUCGCCGUAGAAGCAGGAGCCGCAGUGCAAGUCCUGACUAUUCUAGAGGUCGAGGAAGAGGGCGCUAUGAUGAUGAUCGGCGGAGUGGCAGUAGAUCAAUGAGUGCUUCUCCUGCUCGCCGCAGCCCUAGUCCUCGGAAGAGUCUUUCCCCACGCAAGGUAUCUCCCAGGGGUGAAAGUCCUGACAGACGCAGCUUUGAUGGGCGGUCCCCAAGUCCUCGAAGUGUUUCGCCACAAGGCCGUCCUGCUGAUUCUCGUAGCCCAUCCCCUCAGAACUCCGUUUUUGAUGAAUGAUCUUGCGGAUGGAUUACUGGAGAGACUCUAAGUAGCAUGUUUCUUGUUGCUGUCUUGAGGACAUUCAUAUAUCAUGUGUUUCCUAGUAUUGCUUGAUGUUUCAGUACCCACCGAAGAUUUUGUGAUCAAUGUUCGGGGAAAGAGUGACCUGAGCAGUUGGACAUGAUGUUGAUGUGUGGCUGUUGAUGCUGUUCAUGUCUGUAGAUGAAUGAUUGCGGUUGUGAUGCCGGUUAUAGCAGUAUGCUGAUUGCAGGGACCGGCUGUUAACUAUUUUUAACUGAUAUGGUAAUUGGUAAGACCCCUAGUCCAACUCUUGAAUUCUGGAAAAAGCCUUUCAUCUACCAGGUUCCUUAUUUUUUCUUCUGAUUAUCCCCUUGAGUUACUGUCUAAAAAAUGGCACCGAGAUCGAAAAUGAGUUUUCGGACCUGUAGAAUACUCUGCAUAUGAUGGACGUGUGGUGGAUAGACGUUAUGCAGAUUCUAAAGUAGAAUGUAAUUUUCUUGUUCGAACAGGAUAACCUUUUCUUUUUUCCUCUAAGAUUGUUUCGUUGGCAUAUCCCGAUAUUCAUGUAUAACCACACCCUAUUGCUAAUAUUUUGAGUUGUAGCAAAAUUGCCCGUGACUGUAGCUGUGAAGUGGUGGUUGUGCCGAUCUGUUGUAAGAUACAUAUGGAUCGUGCUUUAACCUUAGGCUACCGAAGAAUAAACCUGUAGCAGGCUGUUGCCGCCAUUUGCGGUGUUGCGUUGAUUAUGGUGGCCUAGCGGAUGCCUUGCUUUCCUGUCCGUCUGCUCAAAGCGGGCUGUUCCAUUGUUUCC